AUGUGGGAAUUACUUUCAUUUAAGGUAUCUGGUCAGUGUGCUGAGCAAAUUCAGCGAUGUGCAGUAAUCACCGAGGAAUACGAGCGACUCAUACAAGAAGUCAAGCACUCAGCGUUUCGUCACUGCUUUACCAAGCAAACACGGUCAGUGCUUGCUGUACGGUCACUGCUGGACCGGGGAACACCGGAAUCGGAUAAUUUCGGAGACACUGCACAUCGAUACAUGGUUGCACUGGAAAACUGUUUUGCAGCCAGCGAUGAACAAGCAGCAUCGGCACACUUCCCUGAUUUAUCAGUUGCUUCAAUAGAUGGUAGGCAAAAAGUGUUGGCGGCUAAAUAA